ACUCGGGUUGAUGCAGGUCCGGCAGGACUCUGUGUGGGAAUUCACUGUGGUGAGACGCAGCAGGGAAGCUCCACUCUCACUUCACAACAGCCUUUCUGUCUUUAAUAAAGAUGCAGACCUGGGUUGUGAUCUGUUGGGCUGUCUUUGCCGUGGUUGGUGCAGAUGAGUGUCCAGAUGGAGGCAGGUGUGCAGAAGGUCAAACCUGCUGCAGCAGCCCAACGAAUGGCUAUGGCUGCUGCCCGUUUGAUCAGGCUGAAUGCUGUGAAGAUCACAUCCACUGCUGUCCCUCAGACACGAUCUGCGACUCAGAGGCGUUCCGCUGUGUGAAUGCCACUCUGUCCAUCCCAUGGACCGAAAGGACAUCCGCGCUCCAGCCCACAGUCUCUAAAUCCUUCAGGAUGAUCAAGUCCUACAUGGGUGAAGACGAUGAUAACAUCUGUCCCGAUCAGUCACGAUGCCCUGCUGAGUUUUCCUGCCUGAAGGCUUUGACAAAGUUUGGAUGCUGUCCGUUAGCGAAGGGAAUUUCCUGCUCUGAUGGGAAGCACUGCUGUCCUGAGGGCCACCACUGCAGCAUUGACAGCCGCUCCUGCAUCAAAAAAGAACUUGUGACAGCCAUCCGGUGUAGCGACGGCGUGUCCGAAUGCCCGGAUGAAACGACCUGCUGUGAGACUCCAGAAGGCAAAUGGGGUUGCUGUCCAAUGCCAAAGGCUGUGUGCUGCGAUGAUAAGAAACACUGCUGCCCUGAAGGGACAACAUGCAACAUUGAACAAAUGAAAUGCAUUUCCAUGUCUACCAAAAAGGAGCUGCCAAUGUGGGCUAAGUUCCCUGCCAGACAGAGAGCAGACUGGGAGAAUCAGAACGAGGGUGAAGAAAUUACUGCAAAGGCAGCCGUUGGGGAAGAAGCAAAGAAAUCCUCUGAAGCUGCUACAGCCAAUCCGCUUCCUGCUCUGAAGGAGGAAGUGACUGUGUCAUCUGUUACUAAGGCAGACGGAGUCAACAAUGUGCCAUGUGACGACACCGCCGCCUGUCCUGAUGGCACCACCUGCUGUAAAACCAAAGAGGGUGGCUGGGCCUGUUGUCCUAUGCCAGAGGCUGUUUGCUGUGAAGAUUUUAUCCACUGCUGUCCAAAUGGUAAGAAAUGUGACUUGGCAGCAGGAAAAUGUGUCGAUGGCCUUCUAUCCAUCCCCUGGUUUGAGAAGAAACCAGCGAUCUCCAGACCAGGUGUGGAUGUACAGGUGAAGAAUGUGCCAUGUGACGACACCGCCGCCUGUCCUGAUGGCACCACCUGCUGUAAAAACAAGGAAGGUGCCUGGGCCUGCUGUCCUCUCCCUAAGGCGGUCUGCUGUGACGACCAUGAACACUGCUGCCCUGAAGGCACCACCUGUAACCCGACCAGCACUGGUUGUUUACAAGCUUCAGCCUCAACGCCCUUCAUGCUGCAGGUCGCUGCGUUCACCACUCCGGUACCCACCACAACAACCCAAAGCUUGGUGACAACCCCAGCAAAGACCAAUGAAGAGGAUGAGCGACCCACACAAGAGGAAGGUGAUGAAGAAGAGGAGAAGGAAGAAGAGAGGAAUCAGUGUGAUGAACACACCAGCUGCCCUCAGGAUACAACCUGCUGCUUUAUAGAGUCGUGUAAAAAGUGGGGCUGCUGCCCACUGCCAAAGGCCGUGUGUUGCGCCGACGGCAGCCAUUGUUGCCCGGAAAACUACAAAUGUAACGAGGACAAGACCACGUGCAUCAGAGGAGAAGUGGAGAUCCCGUGGUACACCAAACUCCCCGCCAUUACGAGGGUCCAGGUUGAUCCCAACAACGUCCAGUGCGACGACGACCACCAGUGUCCUGAACACACCUCCUGCUGCAAACUGUUCACUGGCGAGUGGGGCUGCUGCCCGCUGCAAAAUGCGGUGUGCUGCUCGGAUAAGGAGCACUGCUGCCCAGAGGGCUACACCUGCGACGUUGUCUCCAAUAGCUGCCAGAAGCUCAUCCUGCUGCAGCUGGAGACGCUCCCGCUGAUACCGGUGUUCCUGCCGGAGUACCAUCUUGAGCUCGCGCCGCUGAAGCACAGAGUCGUCCAGUGUGACGAGCAGAAAAGCUGCCCGGACGACAACACCUGCUGCAGGACGUCUGCCACCACCUGGGGCUGCUGCCCGGCUCCUCAUGCGGUGUGCUGCAGCGACAUGAAGCACUGCUGUCCCGCUGGCUACACCUGCACAGAGGAAGGCUCCUGCGUCCAGAACUCUGGGCUCAACUGGCAGACAUGGAACAUGUUCUCCACCAACAAGAAGAGAGCUCUAAUUCUAUGAAAACAUGCUGAAAUUAAUUUUUACAUGAAGAAAAUAAAUAUAAAAUACAAUUAAUACUUUGUUCUAAAACGUGCUAAAUGGUGAACAGUAAAAAUGAAUUGCACUUAAGGAGGCUGUUAGGGAACGUGAGCUUGGAUUGAAACGUUUCUGUCUGCAGGUUUGGUGCAACAGAAGGUUGUUUUUCUCCUGCACACAUAAUUUGAUACUUGAAACUCUAACAAAUCAAGAAUAAAACUGAAACACUCCGAAUGCAACAUAAAUCUUCUCACUAAAUCACUAAAUCACUGUUGUCAUGAUCUGUUGCAGCUGCCUUUUGUUCACAUCUGCAUUCCUCUGUCAAUAAUCUGUAUUUUUUCUCCAAAUCAGUAAUAACCAGUGACAGUUUGUAAUCGACUGUUACAUUUAAAUGAUUAGCAUUUAUUUUGUUGGUAAAUCAGUCUGAGACUUCAUAUUGAAUUGAAAAGAAAGUACCGAUCAUUAUUCAUUUAAUUUUCUCAUCAAUCAAACUUAUUGAUUUCGGGCAAAACUAUUAAUUUAAGUGGUGCAACUUAAUUAAAAAACAAAUAUGAUUUCUGUGUUUUCCAUGAAACUAAUAAAGAAGAAAUUACAUUAAAA